UCAGUUGAGAUCAUUUAAAUAAGAAUCAUCUAGUUAUCAGUUUAGUCCGUUGAUUCUUCAUCCAUCCAUUUACCAUUCUUUUGUUUUCUCUCGACGUGACAACAUCUCAUCUUUUCUUUUAAUUUGUUUCUGUGAGUGUGUCCACUUUAGAUUAAUUGUUUAACAAUCUUCGUUGAUCCAUCCAAACAAUUAACAGAAAAUGACCUCAGAAAAGAAAAAGAAGACAAAAGAAGAUGGUGAAUCCGGAGGAUCGACCAAGAAACGAGCCCAACGAACAGGAUCCAAUGUGUUCGCCAUGUUCACCCAAAAUCAAGUCCAAACCUUCAAAGAGGCCUUCCAAAUGAUAGAUCAAGAUAAAGAUGGUUUCAUAUCUAAAAAUGAUAUCAGGCAAACAUUUGAUUCUUUGGGUCGUAUGUGUAAUGAUGCUGAGUUGGAAUCAAUGAUUAGUGAAGCUCCAGGUCCUAUUAAUUUCACCACUUUCCUUACAAUUUUCGGAGAUCGGGUUUCAGGAACCGAUGAUGAAGCCGUGAUUUUGAAUGCAUUUGCUCAAUACGACGAGGGAGAUGGUAAAUGUAAUGAAGAUACUUUGAAACACGCAAUCACCACUUGGGGAGAGAAAUUCACCGUUGAUGAGUGGAAUACUGCAAUUGCCGAAGCUCCAAUUGACGGCGGUGGAAAAAUCGACAUCAAAAAAUGGGCUCGAAUGAUCACCGGAGCUGCUGAGGAAGAGGAACAAGCCUAAAUUGUUGAAGAAGAAGAAGAAGAAAAAUCAAAAAAAAAAGAUUAAAAUUUAAUUGUAAUCAAUUGAUUAAGAAAAUCAAAUUAUACCUGUGUGUCCACCUUGGCUUAUAUAUGAAAUAAACAAAUAUAAAUAUAACAA